UAAUAAGAUGUGUGCUACUCCAUUGUUACUCUUCUCUUUCUCAGAAGCUGCAGAACCAAAAUCAAAGCCGCCAUAAAGACAGUGACGAUAAACUUUGUUUUCUAGUCAUAUAAUCGCCACGAUGGUUAUGUUUCUCCAGGAAUCACACUUCAGGAAAGUACACAAAGCACUCACCUGAAAACUCAGACAACCAUUUUUGUGACAAAAAUAUAAAAGAGAGAGAGAGAUGACGCAAAACGGUGUCGUUACAGGAAGAGGAGGAGGUCGUACUGUUGUGGUGGGUGUGAAGUUCGAUGCGGCGAGCAGUGAGCUUCUAGAUUGGGCUUUGGUCAAGGUUGCUGAACCGGGUGACACCGUCAUCGCUCUUCACAUUCUCACCAAUGGCGACUCUUCGUCUGUCUCUCUUGUUAAAACUUUCGACUCUGUUCUUGAAGCUUAUGAAGAUUUCUGCAAACUGAAACAGGUUGAGCUGAAGCUGAAACUAUGCAGAGGCUCUCCUACUCGGAAGGUUCUAGUUAGAGAAGCAAAGUUAUGUUAUGGAUCCAAAGUUGUAGUUGGAGUUUCCAAAACUUGUAGCCACUCAUCUCUCUCCGUGGCUAAGUACUUAGCCAAGAAACUACCAAAAGACAGCUGGGUUAUGGCUGUUGACAACGGGAAAGUCAUGUUUCAGAAAGAUGGUUCCUCAUUGAAAGCAAGAAGCAAUGUUGGUAGGAACACUUUGUCUAGCUUAUUUCAGAUGCAUAAGAACACCAAAGUAGUUAACAGUUGGGAUGAGGAGGAAGAGGAGGAGGAUCGUUACAAUGGCUGUAGUCUACGGCAGGCUUUAGUGUCUUCCUGCCUUCGGAAGAAUCUCGCUACUUGUGGAGAUCUAUCUAGAUCAUCUAGCUGUAAUGGUGAUCAAGAUGAUUUCCACAAGUCAGUGGUCACUGAGCCAGUAAAGAUUCCAGAAGAUUUGACCAGAUUCAUCACUAUGCUGGUUAAUGAACUGCCUGAGUUCAGACCAGGUUGGCCUUUGCUUUGUCGUGUAGCUUCUCCGGAUCUGUUAGCUAAUGUUCCGAGAAGUUAUUCCUUCAGACAGAUACCAGUUGCCCAGUGGGUGCUCAAGCUUCCCUCUAGGACUAAUUCUCUUGUUAGUAGCUCAAACGCUAAGCAGUUGUCUAGCUUAAAUAAUGGAAGUUUAGCUACUGUUCCUGGUGGUAAUGAUUCUAUGACCUUGAAUUGCUCUCCUGAGGGUCUUCAUCAGAGGUUCUUCUCCACAUCUUGCCGAUCUUUUAAGUACAAGGAACUUGUGUCAGUCACAUCCAAUUUCUCCCCUGAUAAUUUCAUCGGAAAAGGAGGAAGCAGCCGGGUUUACAGAGGCUAUCUGACCAAUGGAAGAGAGGUUGCGGUGAAAAUUCUCAAGCAAACAAAAGGCGUCUUGAAGGAUUUUGUAGCGGAGAUUGACAUCAUCACAACGUUAAACCAUAAGAACGUUAUUUCCCUCUUGGGUUACUGUUUUGAAAACAAUAACCUCUUGCUUGUGUAUAAUUAUCUCUCAAGAGGAAGCCUUGAAGAGAAUCUUCAUGGCAACAAGAAGGAUCAUGUUGUGUUUCGUUGGAACGAGAGAUAUAAGAUAGCUUUGGGAGUAGCUGAGGCGUUGGACUAUUUACAUAACAAAGCUCCACAACUUGUCAUUCACAGAGAUGUUAAGUCAUCAAACAUAUUACUGUCUGAUGAUUUUGAGCCACAGCUUUCUGACUUUGGGCUUGCGAAGUGGGCUUCUUCGGUAUCUACAACGCAGAUCAUCUGCUCAGAUGUUGCCGGCACCUUUGGGUACUUAGCUCCAGAGUACUUUAUGUAUGGUAAGAUGAACGAUAAGAUAGACGUGUAUGCGUACGGUGUUGUACUCCUCGAGCUUCUCUCUGGAAGAAAACCUGUUAAUAGCGAAUCUCCAAAGGCUAGAGAGAGUCUUGUUAUGUGGGCAAAACCAAUUCUGGAUGAUAGAGACUAUUCUCAGUUACUAGACCAGAGUUUGGUUAAUCACAACAAUGGUGACCAGAUGGAGAGGAUGGCGUUAGCUGCCACUCUUUGUAUAAGGCAUAACCCACAGUCUAGGCCAGAGAUGGGAAUGGUGUUGAAUCUUCUUAAAGGUGACGUGGAGAUGCUAAAGUGGGCGAAGGAACAAGUUAGUAGCGGUUUAGAGGAUUCAAAACUACUCAAAGACGAGAAACUGAAGAGGUCUAAUCUACAGUCACAUCUUAACGUAGCGUUCCUUGACAUGGAGGACGAGGAGUCUAUCUCCAUGAGAAGCAUGGUGCAAGGCAUCUCCGUGGAGGAUUAUCUUAAAGGCAGGGAAAGCCGCUCAUCGAGCUUCAAUUGA